GACCGUCGGGGAGGUGGAUCCUCCUUUCAGAAGCCGCCUCUCUCCUUCUGCGCUUAGCCCUCCGCUCCCAGCAGGGAGUGGCCGCCUCGGGAGGGGCCCCGUGGGCCAGCAGCGGUGGAAGUGGCUGAAGCCAGGGGAAAAAUCUAAGCUGCAGUUGAUCCAAACCAACCUUUUUUAUUUCUGUCUUUUGGCUUUGUAUUCACUCAGCUCUAACAACUUGCCUAUUUCUCAACAAUAUCAAAUGCUUCUGGGAAAAAUGGGGAAACACUAAGGCCUGAUUGUCCAGUUCUGACUGGUUCCUUUCUAGACUGAAGAAUUUGGAUCACCCUAUUUUUUAUUGGAAGAACAAGGCCCUGGGGUAGAGGCAAAAAUGUACAAAACGCCCAUCUGCGUGCUACAGCUAAGCAGGGUGGUGAUGAACCACAAGCUCUGGGCUGUGUUUAUCAUCACCUUCAAGUUCAUGUCCUUUGUCUCCAUAAUGUUUUACUGGAAAAUCACUGAGGAUGCCAAAGGCAAGAGUCUGCUCUAUGGCUUGCCUCUGGAUGUCAAAUGUCCUCGAUCUGUGCCUUCUCCUCCCCCAGCUGUAUCUGGCAGGCCACCUCCACCGCCUGGGGAUAUAUUUUUUGUGGAGACCUCAGAAAAAACCAACCCAAGUUUUCUCUUUAUGUGCUCUGUCGAAUCAGCAGCCAGGGCUCACCCUGAGACCAAAGUAGUCAUCCUUAUGAAGGGCUUGGCAAACAGAAAUUUCACUCUUCCAAAACACUGGGGCUUCUCCCUGCUGAGUUGCUUCCCCAAUGUGGAAAUCCGGCCACUGGACUUGAAUGACCUUUUCUCUGGUACCCCUCUAGCUGACUGGUAUUUGGUGGCCCAGCACAGAUGGGAGCCUUAUUUCUUACCCAUACUUUCUGAUGCCUGUAGAAUUGCUAUCAUGUGGAAAUUUGGGGGUAUCUACUUAGACACAGACUUCAUAGUCCUUAAGAACUUAAAGAACCUCACCAAUGCACUUGGAACCCAGUCCAAAUAUGUAUUGAAUGGAGCUUUUCUCUCUUUUGAAGCCAAACACAAGUUCAUAGAGCUUUGCAUGCAGGACUAUGUGGAUAAUUACAAUGGCUGGAUCUGGGGGCACCAGGGCCCACAGCUUUUAACACGUGUUUUCAAAAAAUGGUGCUCGAUCAGGAGUCUCCGGAGCAGUAAAAGCUGUAAAGGAGUCAGUACUCUUCCCAGAGAAGCCUUUUAUCCCAUCCGCUGGCAGGACUGGAAGAAGUACUUUGAAGUGGUCAGCUCUUCGGAGCUUCACAGACUCUUCAAGAACACCUACGCGGUGCAUAUUUGGAAUAAAAAGAGCCAAGGGACAAGAUUUGAGAUCACCUCAAAAGCUUUACUGGCUCAGCUGCAUUCCCAUUACUGCCCUUCAACGUAUGGGAUAAUGAAGAAAUAUUUUUGAAAGGAAUUGUUUGACCCACCUGUCACCUAACUGAACAAAGGAAGUAGCCAAAACUGUUCAGCCUUCCAAGCAAAAAUGUACAUUUGAAAGUGCUUCUAUCUCUGUGAAUCAUCAAUCACCAGGCAGUGUGAUAUAGUGAAAUUCAAAGAUAAAUGUAGGUAGGCUGAAUGUAGGUUGAACACAGGAGUUAACUAAAGACUGAGCAGUGCUUGCCUCGUUUUUCUUCCUUUCCUUACACUCGGGUCCCUUUACACUACUCUGGCUGUGUAAAGGGACCUUAAGAUGGGAGUAAAUGUUGCAACACUCUGGCAGCAUAAAGAGAUUUUAAAGUGAGAGUAAACCGUCUUUAUUCUGCCAACAGGGCAUAAAGGGGCCUUAGUAUAAAUGAAAAGCUGGACCCAGGUCAUUGGUUGAUUCUUGUGAGCUCCCAAAUAUCUUCAAAGAAAUAGUGAGGGAAGCAGAGGGAAGAUGAAUUGAGGAAGAAGUUAAAAGGAGGAUCAGAAAAGGCAGCAAGGGAAGGGAAUAAGGAAGACGAGAAAAGAAAGAGAGGGCGAUUUUUUUUUUUUUUUUACCCUUCUUUUUUUUCUUCUUUUCCUUACUGCAGAAACCAGUGGCUGAAUGGAACUUCCACAUGUUCCAGCUUUUAUUUUACAAACCUUUAACGGGACACUUCUGUGUGUACAAGGAGCCAUGUGCUAUAUUGUCCUUGGUCAGUUCUUAAUGGGGCAAAUACCCAUUGUCUCCAGCGUGAGGUUUGACUGUGUAAGGAAUUCAGGGUUUGUCCAAAGGUGGGUUUUUUUUUUUUUUUUUUUUUUUUUUUAAAUUAAAACUUCUAAGCAGCCAUGGGACAAACUUUAUUUUAAACGAGGGUCAGAAUUAAUAUGCUAUGAAGAUGCAAGUGAUGGGUGUGUCCAGAUUGUCUUGCCUGUCUUCUGAUUGGAGAGCUGUAAAAUGUCACUUCCUUUUAUUGGAAUGAUCUGUGGAUUUGUGUGUAUACCCACUGCAACUCUCCCCACCCCUCUCCGUCACUGUAGUAUCUGAGCAACUAUUAAUCAUUUUAUUCUCACAACACCACGGGGAGGCAGGGAAGUACCACUCUCCUAUUUUACAGAUGGACAACUGAGAGACAGAGAGAUUAAGGAUGGGAGUUAGUUGCCUAAAUACCUCUGAGGAUCUGGGCCUAAGCUCCUUGCCCAAGAUCACAUAGGAAAUGCAUGGCAGAACUGGAAGUUGAACUUAGAUUUUUCUGAACCUCACUUUAGCACCGGAACUGAAAGACCCUGCUUCUUACACUUUCAAAUCUUCUGUGGCAUUCUGCUGCUAUUUCUGGCACAGAAAGUAGCCUGGAGGUGCAGGGGUCAUCUUUGAGCCCUGAAUAAAUGCUACUGAAAGCAUCUGUGGCUCUCAGACUCUUCCUAACUGAUGUGUGGGGGAGACAGUUUCUGUUGUGGAAAAAGUUGUGUCUUUGCAGACUCCCAGCACUGACAUGAGCCCAAGGAGAGACCAUAAAAGCUUUGGGACUUUUGACAGGAAAUUCCAGUUUCCAUAAACUCAGUGUAAAAUAAAUGAUGAAAUCCAUAUUUCUUUUCUUACACAACAGAUUGUAGCUGUGUGCUGUUACUAAUGGGACUGGGUAAGCAUUACAUCAUCUGUGAAACACCUGCUCUGUGUGAAGGCAGAGAUGAGCUGCCAACAGACCUGUCAGGGGGAGUGUAGCAGUGAUGGAGGGCAAUGAAUGGGAUGGCUUUUUGCAGCAUUGAAGGGACUUGUUGCUGAAAGGGUCAGGUAGAAUAAAGUGGUGGUAUACUUUGGAAAGGAGGGGGAAGCAUUGGGCGGGAGAGAAAUUUUACUGCUCCAUCUCCCAGCUUUCGAGCCUUCAUUUGAAGCUUCUGCUGCUGCCACCACAGGGCACCUCUCCUGUCUUUAAUUCACCACCCUCCCAUCUGUCUGUCUCCGAUCUUGAGACCUGACACUGCAAGAGACUGAACAUCUCCUGUGAAGUGAAGGGGAGCUGAAAAAACUUAGAAUCUCACAGGAGGCACUCAACACCUUGCAUUAAUGGGCUCUUACUGGUUAAAUUGGAUUCAACUGUAGCCUCCACAAUGGGGAAAAAAUGUGCCGCCUUCCUCUGUCUUGACCACCACUUCUUCCUGCUUUUUGAUUCAGCUGUGAGUCUAUAGCACGAUUUGGAGCACAGCUGAACUGACAAAGAAGCAUUAGUAGCUAUAAGGGAGGCAAGCUGCCAGUUAACGCAUCAGUCUCAGUGCACACACACUCUAAAACAAGAUUUAUAGUAAGAGGGGUCACCCAGGGCCACAGACAUGUGCUGAGAUGGUUGUCAUGGGCGAGUGGAGCAUCAUCCAUCUCCUACCCUGUACUCUGUAAAGGAAACCAUAGUACUAUAAAAUAUUUUAAACACCUUGUCUGAGCCUUAAACAGUUGGUUUUCUUAUGAAUAAAGAUGGGCUUGAGCUAUUAACUUCAGAUCUAAAAAUAAGCUUUUCUGAUGUUCAGGGACAGUGGCUGAUCCAGCGCUCCAUUUCAUGAAUAUGACUAAUGCUGCAUCCUAAUAGGAUGGUAUCAUCUGGCACUUCUGGAAAACUGCUCGAAGUCAUGAUCCGACCAACACCACUGGCUGCUCUGGCUCUAUCUGACCUUCAAGUCUGCAGCUGCUUCAGGGCUUUUUCUGCUUCCCAGCUCAACCACAAGCAAGCACAGAUUUGCUCAGCUGAGCCAAGGAUAUGUAUAAAACAAAAGACGGCCUGAAGCAUAGCAGGACAAAAUCUCUUUCUUUCUUUCUCUGUUUAUUUGCAACCACCCAAAUGACCCAAACAGCAGAGCAAAAGAACCCUAACCUACUAUGGAACUCAUCCCCCUCACUUCACAAAGCUAUGAGUAGUCAGGUGUGGCUUAUUUUCCCUCUAAACCUUAGGUCACGCUCUUAGUUUUACUCUCCUUUUCCUAUGUGUCCUACAGUCAUUUUGAUUUUGUUGGUUUCCUCACAGUCCCCACCCUGAGCACUUCAAAAUACAGAAUACACACUUUUCAAAAACAAGUGUACUUACCAAAAACCAACAAUGUCUAAGAGCAUAGGAACUGUGUUCUUACACAGACCAUGGGGCUGCUGUAUGUCAGUAUCCCGUCUCCAUCCACUGGAGCCAAUGUUGGCUAUUUCAGAGGAAGGCAAACUGUGUACCCAUUGUAACUUUGCAACACUAUAUGCUGGGGAUCUUCCUGAGCCCUACCUCAUGAACAUUUUAUAUCUGAGACAUUAGCAUUGAUAGCCCUUGUAUAUUUUUUCCAGCUUGUGUCAGUGCAGCUGCUAUUCCUGUCUAUAUAAAUGGAUAGAAAUGCAAGGAAUUGCCAGGCUGGGACAGAUCCCUGGUCUGGGUAGUAUGGUAUCCUAUUUCUGGUAUUUCUCUUUUACUUGGCCUCAGUCCAGCUGAGCAAUGAAAUGUUAGUUGAGCCAAGGACAGCCUAAUGGUCAAGGCAUGGACUUAAUUUGGUCAGGCUGCAUCACAGUGUGCACUUUAUUUGGUCACACUCUUUGCCUCUGAAUUUCAUGUAAAAUCUGCUUAUGUGAAAAAGUGCCUUUUCAUAGAAUGGCCUAUUUCUCUGCAACUUGCAACCUGCAUAAAGAGCUUUGCAUUGAUCCCGUGUUCUCUCCACUGCUGCAAAUAGACUAGAGGUCAGUUGUUAAAUUGGGAGGGAGUCCCUCUGUCCUAGUAGAACAUAGGAAGUUGGGUCAGUUGUGUCCUGGCAGAUUAGCUUGCAGUAUGUUAGGAAAAUUCUAAAUUUAGGAUUUGGGUGGGACAUUGUUGAUUCAUGGCAGCUUAAUAUCAGGCUAAAGGAAGAGGCCAAUCUAGUCUGCAGUGAAAUGCAUAAUAAAGGCCUUUGCACAUUAAGGAUCAUGUGCCUUGAAUAUCUCCAUUCUGACUGCUGCCUUAGUGAUCCUGAUCACACAGAUAAAAGGGGUGCCCAGUGGAAUUCAAAUGUUUCAUUUGCCUGGUGUUUCCUUUUCCAUUUUGAGGGAAAUGAAUACAGCAUCUCUCUCUCACCCAUGCGCGAGGAAACAGACUUGAGCCAGUAGUGGUUGUAUUUGAGUCAUUUGCCCCUAUGGUCCCACCUCAAGGGUUAAAUAGAUCUAGUUUAAAAAAAAAAUUGGAUAGAACACUUUUCUGUCAUAAUGCAGUUUUGACUAAAUCAAAACUUUUUGCAGGAACAUACAGAUUUUUGACUAAAUUUUGCAAUGGGUAAAAGUCGAAACAUUUUGUGUUCAGAGUAAUUUUGAUUUUUGUUUGGCUUUUGGUAUUAAACAUGUAUGUAAUAUUUUAAUAUGGUAUAAAAGUCACAACAAAAUGAAUUGAAAUGACACUUUUGAAAUGAAAUGUUUUUACGCUGAUGAAACAUUUCAAAGCUAUUGAAAUUAAAUGUUUAGAUGGUCCCAAGUUGAUUUUUCUUUUUUCCCCUCUUAAUUUUUGGUUCACAGGAAACUACAACAUUUUGGCUUUUCGUUCUGGUUUGGAGCAAUUUUUUUUGUCAGACUCUCCUGCAGAAUGCAAAUUGUGGCUCCCAACCAGCUCUAAUAAGCUGUAAUGUUGUCUGAAGCACCAGCCAAAUGCAGUUCAAUGUGGAAGAAUCAUUAUCGAGAAGGGAAAGGGAAAAUUUGGUUGUUUUUUUUUUUUUUUUU